AUGACUGAUGAAAAUGCGCGUUGGAAGUCCAGGCUUCCUUAUUUCCUAAACAACGAAAAAUGGAGCUUGAUAGAUUUCUUACAGUGGAGCAUUGUUUUUGUAAAAGAUUUCGAAAAAAAGGAUGAGGAGCAUAGAGUAUAUAAAAUUUGUUUAGAACAGCUACAUCGUAAUCCACAUUUUCUAAAUUCUCGUGACAGGAAUUUCGUCCAACAACUGACAUCGCAAUGUUUGAAUUCAUUUGAGCAAGAAAAGGAUUCACCCGAAAUAAGAACCUUCUGGAAAAAUAAAUCUGGAGUUAUGAAAACACUAAAAAGAGCGUCGACUUUGAAUUCUCAAAAGAUUAUUGAUCAUAUGUUAAACUUACAUUCCGACUUUAGUGAAGCACUAUCCAAUACCACGCGAGAAACUAUAGAACCUGCUUUGAAGCGGAAGUCAACCUCUCACUCCGAAAGCGAGAAUAAGAGAAUCGCUACGGAUUCUGGAAAUAUCCUUCCUGAUGGUACAAUACUAUCAAAGCCACCACCACCGCCGAACUUCAUCCCACAAAGUGACAGUGGCGAAGCGAGCUUUUCUUCACAAGUAAGUGAAGUGACAUCUGAUGAUGAUGACGGCGAAGAAAUCCCUGAUUUAGACCAUAUUCUAAACUCUGUGCCAAAUAAUACACAACAAUGGGAUCUACCUUCGGGGAGAUCCGUCAAAGAAAUUUAUGCUGUAAAUAUAUCUCAAUGUGCAGAAGUCUUAAAAAAAAAGGAAACACUAAGUCCGGUAGAGAGAGCCACCUUGAGAUAUGGUAUGUCAAAUCUCAUAGAUCUCUCAGCGCAUAUGCGGGCUUGGUUUUCCGACAUUGAUAUUCAGCAUAUGAUGAAAGAUCAUAUAGCAGUCUUAACGGUUCCUGCAUUAGAUGAAGAGGUGAACGCGUUCAUCGCGGACGUUGAAAAGAUGGUACAGAAGGGAAGAUCUAAUGAGGCAUAUAAAUUUUGUCUUGAGAAGCAUAUCAACUCACCAAUCAAUACUUGCAUUUACAAAAUAAGCAAGAUAUACAGUGAAUUUCUUUUCAAAGUAAAAGAUGGUGAUGAUUUGCUAGACUGUGGAGAGGGACACACCGAAAUAGAUAUUAUCGUAAAAGGAUGCUCUUAUAUCGUGGAAGGAUUGAGGAAAGGCCUUGGAAUAAAUUGCAAAUG